AUGCCUCGUUGGUUCACCAAGAUCAAGAAGUUCUUCAAGAAGAACAAGCGUACCGAGUUGCAGGAGUACAUACACAUCGAGAAUCAGGACGUUAAUGCGACAAUGUCAAAGCCAGAGAAGUACAAGACUCCCGCUGAGAAGGGCGUCAGCGUUCCUGGAGUAGCCCAGACCACAGAGCGCAGUCCCUACACCAUGCCGUACAGUGGCAAGGGCGCUGUCCGCGACGAGCAAGGCAACUGGUGGUCUGAAGCUGCCGUUCCGUUAACUGCCGUUACCCGCUCGCAUGCAGCCCCUCCCCUGUACAUCGUCGACAACAAGAAAGACAAUGGAGCUGGUGCUGCUAAGCGUUCCAAAGAUGGCAAUGGACAGGAGGCUGGUAAGGAGCCUCAGCGCUUCCACCAGAUGUACCCUGGCGUUUACACCCGACAGGGACCCAACAAGAAUUGA